AUGGCUCGCAUGAAUGAGCCGAGUACCGGAGCCAGGAGUGGCGUGCGCCUGCUCUUCCUCGCUCUUCUGCUGACCGGAGGGGUUGUGUACCUGUUCGGGAAGCCGCUGCAGCAAGUGUACUGGGGCGUGAGUGGCAGGAUAUCGCUCAGCUCCCACUCCUCCAGGGCCGCGGGGGCCGCAGGCGAUGGGUCAGGUGUGGGCACCAUAGAUGAGCCCGUCACAAGGGAAGGCGUAGCGGGGAAGGAUGAGCCCCUCGACGACUCCAGCAAACCUCAGGACCAGACCGGGGGCUUGGUUGAGUGGGACGAGUCCCAAGACAGGCCAGCGGACUCCGCGACAGAUGAUGGGAAGCUGGACUCCUCUGCCACGGAAGCCAAGGCAACGGGGAAGGAUGCCCUCACUCGGGAGCUCAUCGAGCCCCUGGCGCAGGACAAGUACAUAAUGGUCACUUGGGCCAACUGGCAUUACCGCGACUUUGUGGGGAACUGGGUCUACCACCUGAAGAAGACGGGGUGCAGCGCAUUUGUGGUGGGGGCCAUGGACGACAAGCUCCUGGCCUGGCUGCAGGAGAACGGCAUCCCCACCUUCCUCAUGAGCUCGGGCCUGCCCACCUCCGAUUUUGGCUGGGGAAGCAAGUCCUUCUUCAAGAUGGGCCGCGAGAAGGUGGGCCUGGUGAAUGCCUUCCUGGCAAUGGGCUUUGACGUCAUCAUCUCCGACGUCGACACGGUCUGGCUUAGGGACCCUAUCCCCUACAUGAAGCGGUACCCUGACGCCGACGUGCUGGCCUCCAGCGACGUGGUCAGCAGUACCAGCAGGACCGAGGACCUGGAGGGCCCAGCCUCCAGCCGAGGGGUCGCCAACAUCGGCAUCAUGCUCUUCAGGCCCAAGGCCCUCGCCUUUGCCAAGGAGUGGACGGAGGCCAUGGAGAAGGACGAAAAGUAUUGGGACCAGAAUGCCUUCAACGACAUCCUGCUGAGCGAUGCCCAGGACGUGCCGGGGCGGACCGACAACCUGCUCAAGUACGCAGUGCUGGAGGCCCUGUGGGGGGGCGUUGGGGUCAAAUGGGCCUACAAGGGCUCACUCCUGGUGGGCAUUCUGCCCGUCUCCAUCUUUUGCUCGGGCCAGACCUACAAGGAGGGCCUGUUCAGGAAGCUGGGGCUGGAGCCCUACGUCAUACACGCCACCUUUCAGUUCUCGGGCACCGCCGGGAAGCGGCACCGCCUGAGGGAGUGGGGCGCCUGGAAGGACCCCCCUGAGUGGUGGACCCACCCCAUCGGCUUCCUCUCCUACGACAAUGACGUGCCGGAGGCCCUGCUGGAGGCCGCUCGCACGGCCAACCUGUCGUACGCCCUGCCCUCCACCCUGCCCCACUUCGCGCUGGUCAACCACCAGCUGCGCAGCAUGCGCAACGCGCUGGUCCUGGCCUCGGAGCUGGGUGGCGCCGCCACCGUGCUGCCCUCCAUCUGGGUGGGGCUGGACCGCUGGUGGGCGCCGCACGACGGCCGCCUGCCCAACUCCAGGAUAGACCUGCCCUUUGCCGCGCCCGCGGACCUGGUACUGGACCUGGAGAUGUGA